CUGAGAAAACGCGUGACGCCCAAGGGUGGCUGUCUGGCUGCAAAGAUUUCACCUGUCGAAGAGGGAGGGAGAUAGAGAAACUGAGAGAUAUAGAGAGAGAGAUGCAGACGGAGGCGAGGGCCGGCGUGGCGGUCGAAGCAGGCGGCGGAGGACACAUGUCUCUGAACGCGGCACACGGGGCGGUGGUGGUCGAUGGUGGCGCCGCCGCUCGCAAAUUGAUCAAAAACCAUCAACAGCAGCAGCGAGAAAGCCAGCAACCUCAGAUCGGAACCGUUUCGCAGCUUCUUGCCGGAGGCAUCGCCGGCGCCGUCAGUAAAACCUGUACGGCGCCCCUUGCUCGCCUCACUAUCCUUUUUCAGGUGCAAGGAAUGCACACAGAUGUUGCACACUUGAAAAAAGCCUGCAUAUGGAGGGAGGCUUCCCGCAUUGUUCGCGAAGAAGGAUUUAGAGCAUUCUGGAAGGGAAAUUUGGUCACAAUUGCUCACCGGCUUCCUUAUUCCUCUAUCAGCUUUUAUGCAUUUGAGCGCUACAAGAAUGUAUUACAGUUGAUGUUGGGAGUUGAACGCCAAGGAGAGAACCUUACUGCCGACCUUUGUGUACGACUUGUAGGUGGUGGUUUGGCUGGAAUUACUGCAGCUUCUAUUACAUAUCCUCUGGAUCUAGUUAGGACACGCCUUGCUGCACAGACAAGUGUUAUAUACUAUAGUGGUAUAUGGCAUGCCUUACAUACCAUAAAAAAGGAAGAAGGGGCUAGAGGCCUUUAUAGAGGACUCGGUGCAACUCUAUUGGGUGUUGGUCCAAAUUUGGCAAUAAGCUUCUCAGUUUAUGACACAGCACGGACCUAUUGGCAGAUGCAUAGGCCGGAUGAUUCUGUGGCAUUGGUCAGCCUUGCUUGUGGCAGUCUGUCAGGAAUUGCAUCAUCAACAGUUGGCUAUUUUUCAGGAGCCAUAUGUGUUUGCCAUUACCAAAACAUGAGAGGCGUCCUCCUUUGAGUGACAUUCCCCCUAGAUCUAGUAAGGAGACGGAUGCAGUUGGAAGGGGCUGGUGGGCGAGCUCGUGUUUACAAGAGCGGUCUCUUGGGUACAUUUCGACACAUAAUCAAAUCAGAAGGGAUACACGGUUUAUACAGAGGAAUUCUUCCUGAAUAUUACAAAGUUGCUCCCAGCAUUGGCAUUGUGUUCAUGACAUAUGAGAAAGUGAAGCAGAUACUUUCUAACACAUCUUUGGAAAAAGUGAAGCAAUUUCUCUCAAAUACAUCCACAUGACAAAGACGCUCAUUUAUCAGAAAACACGAAGAUGAUAUGCCUCUGGUUAUAUAGAAAGCCAGGGAAGGGGCAGGGGAAUAUUAUUUUUACACAUCACGAUCUCGGAAUCCAUCUCACGAGCCAAUUUUUUGCUGAAUUUGAAAUUGCUUUUAAGAAAAGCUUAUUAUUGCAUGUAAAGUAUCUAGAGAAACACACUAUUGAUGAUGCCUUAAAUGUGCAAGGCAUUGUUCUUCACUUCUUUUUUCAAAGGCAUUGUUCUUCACUUUCUAAAGAUGUAGGGUUACUGUUGU